GAGUCGACACAAUGAAACAAAUUCCAAGUCAAGUUGCUCCACUACUAUAUUACAGAAGCAGUUUAGAAUUUUAAGCAGAUGCAAAAGGAAUAAAGCAUUUAAAUAGGGAGAAAAAAAGGCCGAUAAAGUUUCUGGCUACAAUACAAGAGACAUAUCAUUACCAUAUGAUCUAAUGUGGGUGUCAGCCGGAUUGUGUUCAUUGAGGGAAACCUUAUUUUUUAACUGUGCUAUGGAGUAGAAGCAGGAGGUUUUCAACCUAGUGACAGUCACAGAGCAGCACCUUCCCCCUCCUCCUUUCCACACCUGCAAACUCUUGCUUGGGCUGAAUAUUUAGUGUAAUUACAUCUCAGCUUUGAGGGCUCCUGUGGCAAAUCCCCGGAUUAAAAGGUUCCUCGGUUGUGAAAAUAGACGAGAGAAAUCAUGAAGGCAGCUAUCAUCUUCCUCCUGGUUGCACAAGUUUCCUGGGCUGGACCGUUUCAACAGAAAGGCUUAUUUGACUUUAUGCUGGAAGAUGAGGCUUCUGGGAUAGGCCCGGAAGAGCGCUUUCAUGAAGUUCCUGAAUUAGAGCCUAUGGGCCCAGUCUGCCCCUUCCGCUGUCAGUGCCAUCUGCGAGUUGUCCAGUGUUCUGAUCUGGGUCUGGAAAAAGUGCCCAAAGACCUUCCUCCUGAUACCGCGCUGCUGGACCUGCAAAACAACAAAAUAACUGAGAUCAAAGAUGGAGACUUUAAGAACCUGAAGAACCUUCAUACACUGAUUCUCAUCAACAACAAAAUUAGCAAAAUCAGCCCUGGGGCAUUUGCUCCUCUGGUGAAAUUGGAACGACUUUAUCUUUCCAAGAAUCAACUGAAGGAAUUGCCAGAGAAAAUGCCCAAAACUCUUCAGGAGCUGCGUGUCCAUGAGAACGAGAUCACCAAAGUGCGAAAGUCUGUGUUCAAUGGAUUGAACCAGAUGAUCGUCGUAGAACUUGGCACCAACCCACUGAAGAGCUCAGGCAUUGAAAAUGGAGCCUUUCAGGGAAUGAAGAAGCUCUCCUACAUCCGCAUUGCUGACACUAAUAUAACUACCAUUCCUCAAGGUCUUCCUCCUUCCCUUACUGAAUUACAUCUCGAUGGCAACAAAAUCACCAAAGUUGAUGCAGCUAGCCUGAAAGGACUGAAUAAUUUGGCUAAGUUGGGACUGAGUUUCAACAGCAUCUCUGCUGUUGACAAUGGCUCUUUAGCCAACACUCCUCAUUUGAGGGAACUUCAUUUGAACAACAACAAGCUUGUCAAAGUGCCCGGUGGGCUGGCCGACCAUAAGUACAUCCAGGUUGUCUACCUUCACAACAACAAUAUCUCUGCAAUCGGCUCCAACGACUUCUGCCCACCCGGAUACAACACCAAAAAGGCUUCUUAUUCAGGAGUGAGCCUUUUCAGCAACCCAGUCCAGUACUGGGAGAUCCAGCCAUCCACCUUCCGAUGUGUCUACGUGCGCGCUGCUGUUCAGCUUGGAAACUACAAGUAGCUCCCAAGAAAACCCUCAUUUUUAUAACCUGGCAAAAUCCCAUUAAUGUCAUUGCUCGGAAAAAAUACAAAAAAAAAAAAAAGAAAGAAAAUUAGAUACUGGAAAUCUAUCUGCAAUGUGGAUGUUUUUCCCACAUGACUUAUUAUGCAUAAAGCCAAAUAUGCAGUUUAAAUAAUUGCCUACAAUAAAAAAAUAUUUUGCCUGCCA